CCAUCGUACUUAAAACGUAGACAAUUCUACAAAAAGUACGUACUAUAUACAUUAAAUACCCCAAUACUAUGCUGCAAUACAAAUCUUUGUUUUUGGCAAUUCUAAGUACAAUAAUACUCUUACUAAUACCUCCUGAUAGCAUUACUGGGCAGUCCAUUGUAAAAUGUGCGCAACAAUGUGGUGACCAAAAAAUUAGGUACCCUUUUGGAAUAGGCAGUAACUGUUCUUACAACCUCUUUUUCCAAGUCACUUGUAAAAGAUCAGCUUCAAAUAUGAAACCAAAACCGAUUCUUACCAAAUUUAAUUUGGAUUUGCUUAAUCUUCAAGGGUAUACCGUAUCUAAUGAUAGAUUCCACGGUCGAUCAUUUGGUCAAAUAACGGUCAACACUAGAUCUGUAUUAAAAGCAUGCAACAAUGGAAGUAAUACUAGGUGGAAAUGGAAUAGCUUAAACUUAAGUGGUUCACCAUUCUUUUAUGAUGUUUUUCAGAAUGUUUUUAUUACUUCCUUUGAUUGUCAUGACAUUGGGAAUGCUUCACUCUACAAUGACAAAGGAAUGCUCAUAGGGCGUUGCAAUCAUCAUGCCAAUACUACUGAUUUGGUAUCGAAAGAUCCGUUUAUGAGGGGAUAUAGUGUAGAAGUGAAUGCGAGAGUGAAAGGAAAGUGUAUGGACGCAUUUCUGAUAAGUAAAGAUUAUGCUGAGGCUGAUCCAAUAGAUAGUGUUGAUUUUGAUGUCCCUCUUGUUCUUGGCUGGUAUAUUAAUGACUACAAUGACUUGGGGAACUCUGGGACCUUUACAGUUGCUGUUUUUCUUGCAAUAAUCGGAGCAAUAGUUACACUAUCAGUCAUUAUACCAUGUUGCUGGGCUUGGUCAUUCAUGCAGCUAAGUAGAACAACAAGAAGUAUAGAAGCAAAACUUAGAGCCAAGUACUUCAAGAAAAGACAAUUGGAAACCUCAUCUGAAAGAGAAGUGAUUAACAACACUAAACUCUUCACUAUAAAAGAACUCAAGAAAGCAACUCACAAUUUCAGUGAUGAUCGAAUUUUGGGUCGAGGUGGUCAAGGAACUGUUUACAAAGGAAUGUUGAGAAAUGGGAAAAUUAUAGCUGUUAAAGUCUCAAAAACAUUUGAAGAAAGACAAUGGAAGGAAUUCAUAAAUGAGUUAGUUGUUCUAUCACAAGUUAAUCAUAGAAACAUAGUUAAGAUCCUUGGAUGUUGCUUAGAAUAUGAUGUUCCUCUCCUAGUUUAUGAAUUUAUUUCUAAUGGAAAUUUAUUCCAUCAUAUACAUAAUUCUAUCGGGGAGUUUGUUCUGACAUGGGAAAUGCGUCUAAGGAUUGCUUCUGAAAUUGCUAGUGCGGUUGCGUAUCUACAUUCUUCGUCUGCGUUCCCCAUUUUUCAUCGAGAUAUUAAGUCCACUAACAUACUUUUAGACAAUAAGUACCAAGCGAAAGUGUCUGAUUUCGGGAUCUCUAAGGCUAUUUCAGUCGAUCAAUCACACCUUACAACUCGGGUUUUAGGUACAUUUGGGUACCUAGAUCCCGAGUAUUUCAGGUCAGGACAUUUUUCAGAAAAGAGCGAUGUUUACAGUUUCGGAGUAAUUCUUGUUGAGCUUUUGACAGGGCAACCACCAAUACGUGUGACAAGGACCGAAGAAGCAGUGAGUUUGGUUGCGUAUUUUACGUCAUCGAUGGAGGAUUCUGCAUUAGAAGAGAUUUUGGAUCCAAAAAUAUUAUUAACAGAAACAACAAAAGAAGAUAUAAUGUUGGUGGGUAAUAUUGCUAAACAAUGCCUGCACAAAAGAGGAGUACAAAGACCUUCCAUGAAAGAUGUUGCCAGUGAAUUGGAAUGGUUAAGGAAGAAGUCCUUGAGUGUACCUAAUUAUUCAGGAUAUACAAUUAUUUCUUCACAGGUUGAGAGUGUUUUUACUGAUACCCAAAUCUUUGAGACAACUAACACUUGCUCAUGUCCUGUGACUGUCAGAUACAACCAUGCUAAUACUGUUUCUGAAAACUGUGAUGAUCAGAAAUGUUUGAUAUUUACCAUGUAAAUUUAAUGUAUGAAAAGUGUUCAUUGAUGUUGAAAUUAAUCACUUGAACUUCAAUAUUUUAGUGGCUAUAUUAGCUCAAAUUCCUAGCAUUAAUGUGUUUGAAUCUCACACACUAAAUAGUGAGACAUAAAUCCGUGUCUAAAUACAAAUGAUAAACCUACCAAGUUUCAACCAAUGUCACAUAUUUCGUUAAUUGCCUCGUGAUCACGAAUCGAAAAGGCAAAUUAUGGUCGAUUUUAGGUUAUUUUUGAAUCAUUUUGAGCGAAUUGAAAAUUGAAAA